CCAAACAAUUUGUAUAUAAAGGAGCUCAAAUUUGCAGUCAACGAGGCGAGUUAGUUCCAAACUUGACUUAAAAGCAAAGAAAACCCUCUUCCAAAAUAUUGCACCAUGGCUUCUUCAUUACCUUCAUCUUUCGCCAUAAUUUCACCAUCUUCCAACCAUUAUUCUCGUCAACCCGUUCAUGUUAGAGCUCAAAGCUUUAGACAUGGAGGUGGGUCAAGUAAUCGGGUGGAUCCGAAUUUGAGUGUUCUAAGGGAGAGAAUAGAGCAGGUGAAGAUGAAGGAGAAGCUGGAGAGAUGUUGCAGAUCAUAUGAUAAGUGGGGGUGGAACUAUGGAGCUGGGUAUAAUUAUAAAGUUAAAAGAGAUGGGCAAUUAUCACAAUUGUUUGAACUUUUGAGUUUGGUAGGGGCAACCCUUGGCUUUACCUGCCUUACUGGCAUUCUUUUCCUUUGCUUUUUUUCUUUUUUUAUUCAUUUAAAUCAAUGGUUUUGAUUCUAAUUCCAUGUAUAUAUGUAUACCAAGGAACAGAAAGUUUAUGUAUAUGUAUAUGUACAUGUUCAUGGGAGAAUGGAGAUGCUCCUUACCAAGAAAUAAAUUGCUUGUUCUUAGUAUUAA